AUGGUUGCGAAAAGAGAGAAGAAUGAGGAGCAAAAGUACCAAAAAAACUUGCAGAAAGCGUUGAAAGAGGUUAGAACAAAGCACGAUAGUGUUGUUCUGAGUGAAAAUGAACCUUCAAAUGUGAGUUUCUUUGAUAUUCUUUGUGUUUUUGCUUUAGGCAUAAACUGGAAGUCAUGAAUAACAUUUUUGUUUAUUUUCUCGGCGUUCUGACAUAAUUUUUGGUUAAAUCGGGGAUGUUUAGAUUCUACAUGGCUUUCUCAGGCUAAUAAGAAAGAUUUUAGAUUCUCUUCGCGGUCCACACUUCGUUCAAAGCGGCUGCAAUGUUUCCGGACGUUCAGAAUUGCUUCUCCAGCUUGGAUAAGUUUUGUGAGCUGGUCGUGUAUCCGGAGCAUUGCGAUUAUAAGAACUACAUCUUUGUCAGGUGUUCUUCAACGGACAUUGCAACGGAGAUCAAGGAAAAAUUGAACGGGACCCGACCAGAAUGGCUCAAGCAAAGUACAAUGCCGUUUUACAUCUGCUACUCUAAUAAAAGUGAGCUUUCUUUAAUUAUUUAUUGAUUUUUAGUUCCACAGAAGAAGCUAGUUAUUCCCAAAGGCUUGACGGUGAUUGAGAAUGCAAUAUCAGAGGAGCAAGAGGAGUUAUUGAUGGGCUUUAUCGAGAAAUGUUCACCAUCGGGUAGGUGGUGUCGAUAAGAUAGAAAUGCUUUGUUUUGAUGUUAAGCAAGUUCUGAUUAUUCGAAAUUAGUGUUUUAGAGGUGCUAAAGAAUCGGACUGUUAUUCACUUUGGCCAUGUGUUCGAUUACAGCAGCAAUACUGCCACUACAGUCGCAUCCGACUCGAUCCCCGAGAUUCUCACAGAAAUCCUCAAACAAUCUCGAAAAUCAGGUCACAAAAUUGACGAAACGUUUGAUCAAGUAACGAUAAAUGUCUACGAGCCUGGCCAAGGAAUCCCGAUGCAUGUGGACACCCAUUCAGCCUUCGAGGAACAAAUUUGUGUCAUCAAUUUAUGUUCGGACAUUGUGAUGAAAUACAGAGAUUGCGCCAAUAAUGCCACGUCAAUCGACGUGUUGAUGCCGAGACGGGCUAUUGUUCUGAUGGAAGGAGCUUCCAGAUAUAAAUAUAAGCACGGGUAAGGAAAGUUUUUGAGAUUUUUAGACCUGAUUAUAUUGCCCUUGACAUUUGAUGUUUAGAAUCUUGAAUCGGCGGUAUGACGUGUCCCCGGUGGAUAAUACAUUGUUAGAGAGACAAAAGAGGAUAUCAAUUACGUUCCGGACGGUUCGAAAGGUUCCAUGCGAAUGCCCAUUUCCAGAAUAUUGUGAUUGGGACCGAAAUGGGGAAAUGGCCCGCCCUCAAGGCGAUGAUGAGGCUGCGAGAUUGGAGUCAAAGUAUGUGAAUGAGGUAUGUUUGGGGCUGUGAGAGGUCUUAGAACGUUUUUUAAGAGAUGUGUUGAAGAUUUUGAGUUCAGUUUUAGUUUUUUCUUUCGACCUUAUGGAUAAAAAUUUUGAUGUUCUUCCUUCGCUGUGCUUAUUUUUGGGGUGUAAUUUUUCUUUUUGCAUAAGGUACCUGUUACAUUCUUUUUAUGUAGCUUUAGUUACAUUGAAGUUGCUAAAUUGGCCAGCAAUUUUAGUUUCAUCUAGUGUAAUACAAUUUUUUUGGCCUAUUUAAAUUUUUUUUUUAUUGAUUUUGCUGAUCUAUGUCUUAAAAUCGAUUUUGGCCUUAAUUUUAAUUUACACGCCGUAAAGACUUUUUGAAGUAACGCCAUUUGUUUUUACAAAAAAUAUAUUACUUCAGGUCUACGAAAACAUUGCGGAUCACUUUGACAUCACGCGUUUCUCGCGAUGGCCGGCUUUCUCCAACUUCCUAUCCUCAUUUGCCGAGUUUUCAGUCCUAUUGGACGCCGGUUGUGGCAAUGGAAAGUACCUUGCUGGCGAUGACAAGCUUGUUAGGGCAAGUGUAAUAUACAGGGUGGCCAGAAAAAACGGAAACUUGUAUUUGUAGCAAUAUUUUUUUCAACAAACCAAAUUCGGCAAAAAUAAUAAUCAAUAUCAGUAACAUGGAGCAUUGUUAACAACAUGUUCAGUCAGCUUUAAAGCAGCUGCUCAUUGCGCCGAUACAGAGCUCAAAACGCGACUUAAAAUUUUUGGCAAAACGCCGCAGCUUUUUUUUAGGAAAUCGGCCCCGUUCUUGGCGUUGCGAUUACAUAGCGGCUCCAAACUUUCGUGGCGCAUAGUACAGAUGCUGACCUUCCAUAGAAAAAAAGUACAUGCCCAUUGGAUUCAAAUCUAGCGAGUAAGCGGUGAUUUCGCAGAAGGGACAAAGUCGGGAAAAUCGGUCCGAUUCUUGGUUCCGAGCCUUUUUUUGCGUCGUGAGACGGGGAUGACUCUCGUUAGGACGUUAAAUUUGCAUCGACAACAUGCUAAUGAGCUCACGAAGCACGGCAACUUCCAGAAUGUCACUAGUAGACUUUUUGGUUGAUUUUGACCGGUUUAUCUGCAAAAACCAGGGAUAUCUUGCCGCUGGCGCAAAAUUUCGCCCCAGGCCAUCACGGAUCGGGUUUUGACAGUACUAGAAAAAAGCGAACGCUCCUUGGCACCUAACAGUCCAAAUGAUAUCAUCUUUGUGGUUGUGAGCUUGCCCAGCGCGUUGCAACGUUGGGUUAUUUCUCAUCCAUUUCUCUCAUCCAAGAGGAGCGGCGCGACUCUUGAGUUUUCCGACAUCUCUGCGCCGUACGCGUUUGUUGUAAGCCUUGAAGAGCUAGAAUUUUUGCAGCUUGUAUGGGGUGGGUUUGAGCUUAUCUUUGGAUAUUUGGUAGAUGGAUCGAUCGCUGAUGCCGUUUUUACGAGCGAUUUUCUUGGAAAAUCGCGAAUUUUGCUGUUGAUGAUCUUGCGACUGGCAGAAGCGCUGUCGGUGCGUUUUUUUACACUUUCCUGACGCUCCCUGUCGUUGUCAAGCCGCUUGCAUUGAGUGAUUACAUUCGACACAAGGUCCUUUACAUACCGAUCAAAUUAACAAUUCAAACAGCUCAAAAAAAAUGUCCAAAAUCGAGGUCCCUCUGUUUGACAUACAAAAAAGCCAUGUUAAAUAAUCGAUAUGGCCAUGAAAAUCGAAGUACUAGGGCAGAAGAACACGGAGAAUUUAAUGGUAGAAGAAUGAUUUGGCUACACCAAAACAUUUUGGCGCCAGGACCUAUGAAAAAAAGUUUCCGUUUUUUCUGGCCACCCUGUAAACUUUAAUAUUACCCGCAAAUCAUUUCAGAUAGGCUCCGAUAUUUGCCACGGUCUCCUCAAAAUUGCAUAUCAAAAGUCUUGCGCGGUUGUACGAUGUGAUAAUUUGUCAUUGGCAUUCAAAAAUAAUUCUUUUGAUGGAGUCCUGUGCGCCGCUGUUAUUCAUCAUUUUUCGACCGAGGAGCGAAGGGUUUUUGCGUUGAAGGAGAUCACAAGAGUGCUGAGGGUUGGCGGACGAGCACUCGUCAGUGGAUGGGCCAUGGAUCAGGCAGAAAGUCAAUAUGAAAAAAUGAGGAAGAAUAAAAAAACGGAGGAGGAUGAAGGUAAGAGAAUUUAAGGGGAUAUAUUGCGGAAAAAAUGACCGAUACACCUCAGUAAAUUUUAAUCUAAAUUUGCUCCAAAAUUGAAGCAAUUUUAAAAUUUUUUUAAUUGCUAUCGACUACAGCGACGGACCUGAUCCAGCAGCAAAAAAAAACGUACCAUUUUGCAUCCGGGAAGUAUCACAAAAUGUAGCAGAAUACCUCCCUCUCCAUGUUAAAAAACUCCAAUUUGAAGGACGCGCCCUUUCCCUCACUAGGGAAGUGUAAAAACGAACCCUCACCUUCAAAAUGGAGUUUUUUAGUUGGAGAGGGAGGCAUCUUGCUACAUUUUUGAUACUUCCCGGAUGCAAAGACGUUUUUUUGCUGCUGAAUCAGGCCCGUCAUUGUAUAACAUAAAUUUUUAGUUGACACUCCAGCGCCACCACAAACCCACCGUCUCACCGUCCAUGAUGGUACGAUUUUCACUCAACAAGACAUGCUAGUCCCAUGGGAAUCGAACAAAAAAUCGAUGGAUGGCUCCCAAUUCCUACGGUAUUAUCAUCUUUUUGCCGAAGGAGAAAUGGAAAAUUUAGUGGGGAAAUUGGACAAUGCCAAGUUGAUCCGGUCCUUUUACGAACAGGGAAAUUGGUUCGUCGAAUUUGAAAAGAUAUGA